AUGAGUGGCUGGACAACUCUAUCAAAUACAUAUCAAGAUCCAAACGUAAAACAAAUGAAAGUUGAACGAAUAUUUCUACAUGAACAAUAUGAAUCAUACUACGCAGAUGAUAUUUGUAUAGUCAAAUUAACUAAAAAAAUUUAUCCAACACAAGCAGUACGUUAUAUUUGUUUACCACAAUCAUCAACUGCUGAUGUUAAAAUUAAAGAUGAAGUUGAAAUUGCAGGGUGGGGUGCAUUGAAAGAGUUUAGUGACUUUCUUAAUAAAUCAAGUAUUUAUCCUGAAAUGUUAAUGCAAGCUAAAAUUGAAAUUCUACCAAAUGAUAAUUGUCCGUUCGGAAAAAAUUUCAAUUCAGAUAAACAAAUUUGUGCUGGUACAUCAGAUUUUAAGAUUGAUAUAUGUGGUGGAGAUUCAGGUGGUCCAUUAAUGAAACAAUUAGGAAGUGUUGGUAGUCAGCAGCGAUAUUGGUAUUCAUUUGGUAUUGUUAAUUAUGGUCCAAAAAAUCCUUCAUGUGGUGAACAUACGUAUGCUGCUAGUGUAUAUGUACGACUGGCAGCUUAUCGACAAUGGAUUAAUGAAAAAUUAAAAAUAUCGUAUUUGAAUAUCUAA